AUGGAUUCAAAAUUAAAUAAUGAAACCAACACGCAAACAACAAGCAAUGAUCAACAAGAACAAUGCAACGUCAAACAAGAUGCAUUACCAACAUCAUCAACAGCCUCAUCAUCAACCAUAAAUCAACCAUCUUCCACAUCCCCAAUUAUAGAACAAGCUUGUGAUUCAUGUAGGAAAAGAAAAUUAAAAUGUUCAAAAGAAUUUCCACAAUGUUCAAAAUGUAUUCAACAUAAAUGGAAUUGUUCAUAUAGUCCAAGAACUAUAAGAUCACCGUUAACAAGAGCUCAUUUAACUGAAGUUGAAAAUAAAUUAUCAAAAUUAGAAGAAAUUAUGAAUUAUAUUUUACCAAAUUCUAUAAAUAUUGAUGAAAUCUUGAGUAAUGAUAAUGAAUUUGAAAAAUAUGAACAAAAAUUAAAACCAAUAAAAGAAAAAUUAAGAGAGGAAGAGGUACAUAAUAGUGAAGUCAAAAUUGAUAUUGGGAUAGAAAAUACAAAUGAUAUAGUACAACCAGGUCAACAAAUUCAUCAAAAGGAAAAUGCAAAUAAUGAACAACAUAAUCAAAGUCUAAAUAAUUAUGAUUUUCAACACUUUCAAACAGAACCACAAUCAUUAGUACAAUCACCUACUGAAGAUGAUUUUUUAACAUCAUUCCCACCUUUACAACAAUCCAAAUCACAUCCCAUUCAUUCAAAAACAAUAGCCACUACACUUGAUCAACAGCCUUACAAUUUUUCAAUUAAUAAAUCUAAAAUCAAACAAGAGAUUAUAGACAGUUUCCUACUUAAUAAUAUCCCAACUUCUUACAAAGACAAUAAGAGUAAUAAUAAUAAUAGUAAUAAAGAAUUGUUUGACUCAUUCCUUCACACGAAUCAUCACACUAAUGAAUCAUCAAAUCAAUACAAUGAUAAUGACAACUUUUUAUCUAAUUCAUCAUCAUCAUUUUUUCAAACUUCAAUGAAUCCAACAAAUGAAAAUUCAAUGUUAACUUCACCAUCAUCAAUAUUAAGUUUAAAUUCUUUACAUAAUGAAAUGAUAAGUAAAUCAAAUCACGAUCAACAACAAAUACAUCAGGAACAUGAACUAGAUCAAGAUCAAGAAGAUACUCCAAAAUUUAAAAAAAUAAAAUUAGAAAAUGGUAAAGAAACUUCAAUAAAUGAUUGGAAUUUAACAAGUUUAUUUAAUUUACAAAAUUUAAAUGAUACAACUAGUAAAGGAAAUAAUAAUAAUAAUGGAUUAAAUGAUUUAAAUUCAACUAAUUUUGAUUUAAUAUUUGAUGUUUUAGAUGAACAAAUUAACGUCUAA